GACUUGGACGUGCCUGCGUAACAACAUACACCUCAAACCAUUUAUAGCCUGCUUUUACUUUAAAUCUAUUACUUUGAACUCGUUUUCAAAGUGCAUGAGACACAUAAAAAGGCCACAGAACACUGUGUAGUUUACAAAGGCCCGUAUUGCAAGUCGACCUCAUCAAGAGAAAUGCAUCUCAUUGAAGCUGUUGUUUCAAUUCUAUGGAUCGUCGUGACUCCCAGCCUCGCCGUUGAAGAAUGCAUCCCUAGCAGUUCUUCAGAGUAUUCAAGUUGUGCUUGUCAGUUAAAGGAUACCAACGACUACAUCAAUCUCUCUCCAUUACAAAACUCUUCUGACGUCCCAAGGUUCACAGUGGCAAUGACAAAUUCUUCACAAGAAGAACAAGGUUGGAAGUUUUCAUACAAUCCUUGUAAACCUUUUAGCAUGUUCCUAGAAGAUAAUACAACAUCGACAUGCAAAAAUGUUGCAGUUUCCCGCUGGACAGCUUCUAAUCAAGCACCGAUAGCGAGAGCUGUAUGCCAGGACCUUGGCGAACAAGACACUGUACAGUAUGACACUGAAUAUUAUGACUUGUCACCGUAUGGACUCGAAUCGUCAAACGUAACACUAAUAUUCACACAAAGAAAACUAAGGAAUCGAGCGAUUAUUCACCUCGCAUGCAAUGCUAACAUGAGCAAAGAGGAUUCGACUUUCAAUUUUAUUAAAGAAGACCAUUCUCAGCUCAAUGACUAUUAUUUCACUUUGGAAAGUCCUUGUGGUUGCCCUGGUCUUUGCGGAAAACCGUCUUCGCCAGAACCCACAGCCAAACCAUCCAAAGACGACGGUGAUGACAAGUGGAUUAUCAUUGGAGUAUCAAUCGGAGCUGUCCUCAUACUGUUGCUUAUUAUCUUGGGCGUUGUGUGCUGUAGAAGACGACGAGGAUACGCCGCAGUAUAGCUGUAAUACGGUUCAACCGUUCUUGAGCCUACACCGACUUAAAUUAGUGUCAAGAUGAUAGGAUAAAGGAAUCGAGAUCCGACGUGGUCGAGAAACCAUCUCCUGAUUUCCCCUUUCAAGCAGUCCUACAUGUUCAGACAUUAUUGACCUUAUUUUUAUAUUUUUCAUCAAAAGUAGUUGCCUGUUUUGUUUCUGUUUUUCCUGGCUUUCUCCACAGGAAACACUCUCUCUCUUGACUGAUACACAGUCUUCGUCAGUCACGUUGAGGAAGACAGGUAGUCCAUGAGUAGAAAGAAGAUCGGAAAGAAAGAGAGUGACAACUGUGGAGGAGGCUACACUUACGUUAGCAAAACGGCCAAUUAUAUUCAGUCUCAGCUUUUGGACGAAAAUACCCGUCCUACACUACAUGACCACACCCAUCCAAAGUGUUGCCUCUCAGAGUAAAAACUAAAUUUAACGUGAAACAAAUUCAGAGAAGUCAAAGUUUAUUAAAGUUUGUAUACAAUUACUCUAUAAAUAAUCGAUCUGUUGUUAUCAAUUUAUUAUAAUACUGGAAAACGUUUUCAAACAUUAUAUUUCUAUAUUAUGUUAUUUUACACUAGACUUUAACAUUACAUUAGACAUAAAUAUUAAGGAUGUAAUAUCAGGGUACACAUGAUGUAUACUCACACCGAAAGUUUGUGUGGAUAAUAAAUUUAUAUACAUGACAUUUA